AUGGUGACCGGUGGUUGCCGGUCACACCUCGACUGGCAUGGCUGCUGGGCCGACCGACCGACCGACCGACCAACGGCGUGCCAGCGCACCAACUGCACGAUGACCAGUUUUCGUCGUCGUCGUCGUCGUCGUCGUCGCCGUCGAAGAAGAACGAUCAUCAUCAUCAUCAUCAUCACGGGGUGGAACGCGAGUCCCAACGACUGUUGCGGAUGUCGCACAGCCGCCGCUGCCGCUGCCGCUGCCGCCGUCCGUUCGUCCGUGGACCCACCACAACAACCAAUCAGCGUUGUAGACUCCCACGGUGACGCCGAUCGAUGGAUCGAUGGCCCGACGAACAGGACAACGAUGGCAACGUCGGAGGUUCAACUACCCGUCGCCGUUGCCGUUGCCGUCGCCGUCCAAAGCUUGUUGACCACCGCCGUUGACGUUAUCCGCUGCCGCCGCCGCCCCCGCCCCCGCUGCUGUCGCCGCCGCCAUGGCCGCAAGUGCCGAUUCUUGCCCUGCCGCGUGUAUAACACGUCCUGCUUGCAGCACGGCAUUGGCGACCGGAGCGCGAUGACCAGUUUCCCUUCCCCUUUUCGCGUGCCGCUCCGGCUGACCGCCACCAUCGAACGACACGCAACGGACGGACGGGCGGACGGGCGGGACGGGCAACGGAACAACGCACAACACGUAAACACGGCCACGGCGAUCCAUCCGCCUUCGCCUUCGCCUUCGCCUUCGCUAGCGCCGCUGCUGCCACCACAGCCACCGCAAGCACCACCGCCGCCGCGGCCUGUGUACACACCAACCGACGAAGACGACGAAGGCGCAGGAAGAAGGAGCGGGUACAACAGCAGCACUGUGCGGCGGACAAACCUGGACGUAAGCCUACGGCGGCGGCGGCGGCGACGACGAUCUGUUGUCACCGACCAAGGUGUCCUCCCUUUGUGGACAAUGGCCACGGCUGCUGCUGCUCUUUCGUUCUUCGUCCAUCAGCCACGUCACUUCAUCAUUACGUCAUCACAGGAAGCACAUCGCGCGAUCGACGACGGCGUAAGCACGGUUUCGCAUUUGCUUCCUUCUAAGGAGCGCAUCGAAAGAAAUUCGACAGCAGACGCACCGGGUCAGUCAUCGGACGAGGAAAAUACUCCGAUCACUAGUGACCAGCCGACCGAACCUAACGCACACCAUGUCCUAAGUCAACCUCACCGUACCUCGCUUCUGUCGUCGGCGGCGGCGACAGUGGCGGCAAGUUCGGCUCUCGUCCGAGUGCCGCGCGAUGCGGUGCAGCAGUGGGCUGCUGAAAAACUAAUGAGUCGUUGUCGCUGUUGUUGUAGUCGUUGCAGUUGUGACAACGUGGAAUUCGAACGAACGCGAUCACCGUCACCUGCGACAGGGACCGCGACGCUACGUCGACCACCGGUGAUCCACGGUGACGUGACGCACCUCAGAAUCACAGACGAGGCACGAUCGAGUAGCAACGUCUGA